UAAAUAUUAAACGUAAAUUAAUAGAAGGAAAUUAUUUUGUAUCGAGUGUUGUGUUGUGAGAAAAGUGACGGUAAAAAGUUUACUUCUUUUUGGAUUAUAUUGGAUAUAUUCACCCGUCACGCACGCAUCGCCGAUCGCUAACUCUGGAUGCUGUUUAUGAUGCAGAAGGAACGCCGAAGUACCUCGGUGCUGGAGGUAGCGCGCACGCGCCCGGUCAGCAGGGCUGGCUAGUAGCCCCGUUGAAGCCCAUUUCCGACACCCUGCAGGCACACAUCAGAUUAGCAGCAGUCGGCGGGACAUGGAUGUGAGCUUCACUAACGUGUUGGAGGGGGCUCGCCAGUACUUCCAGGGACUUCCCGUGCCUAGUACAGCCGGAACGACAUCGUCGACGGAGAACAUUGCAACAUCAACCUCGUCCUCGUACGGUCAUGGCGAAGUCACGGCCUCGGUUUCCGGGCCGACCUCAUCCAGCACGAUCGCGGCUGUUUCACGCGAGGCCCCUGGGGCCCAGCAGCGGGUUGAACUCGGCUCGCGGGGGCCUGAGGACAGGCAGGACGCGAGCCAGGUGGGCAACUCCUACUGGAACCCACACGGCCCCGUCGAACCUUACCCGCCGCAGCCGACGCGCGUCGAGGUUCCCGACACCAGGCCGACGGACGGGACGUGCGUCAGUCUCGAGGCCCCCGCCGGGUCCCUAACCGAGAUGCAGCCAGCCAGCAAGCAGGCCUACGAUCACGCCGUCGCGCACUCCUCCCCCUCCUCAUCCUCCUCACCGGCUCAGCUGCACCAGCUACAACCUCCGAAGACCUGCUCGACGCCGCCCGUUUAUCAGCAGCUCAACACCGUAUCUAGAACGCCGUACUCGACGGCCGCCGAUAUGCUGCCAGCGCAUUCGUCCUAUCAGGCCGUCGAACGGGCCUCUUCGAGUCCGGCGAUGGUGGCGCCGAGGACACAGUACUAUCCGCGAUAUCAUCACCCCGAAAUCACGAAGAGCACGCCACUGCCGAUGACCCAGAGCUCGACUUACCAGUCUGCCAACGCGGUUCCGGGCUCCGGUGUCGUUCAACAAUCCGUGACCCGUUCGAGUCCGGCCGAGCAGGGUUACGCCUUACCACAGGGACGCGGGGCCCAGAGUCACGUCCACGAGUCCCGGGACCUUCAGAGUCCGGCACUGCGGAGCCACGGCUCGGGCUAUCCGACUUCGGUCCAGGUGAACGGCGCUCACCAGCAGCACGCCGCGGCGCAGGGCUAUGCCGUGCGCAACGCGGUCAUUCCUACCUCAAAUCAGCAACAGCAACAGCAACAGCAACAGCAACAGCAACAGCAGCAGCAGCAAGGCUCCGCGGCUUCGUCGUCUACCGCUGCACAUUCCGUCACCCCAAAAUCCCCCUCGAGUCAAUCCCUCGCCCCUUCAGCACCACGUUGUUGGCGCCGGUAA